GGUGCGGGGGGCGGUCGGCUCGCCCCUGGGCCGUGUCGACGCCUCGUCCCGCCCGCAGUCCGCUCGGGGCCGGCGAGCUGCCUCCCGCAGCUGAGGGGCUGCGGCCGCUCUCCCCGCGGCGGCAUGGAGGGGAGUCCCGAGCCCGAGAAGCCGUAGAGCCGCUGCCCCCGGCCGCCCUGCCCAGCCCUGCCCUGCCCUGCCCGGCGAUGGGAGCCGGCCCGGCCGGGGCAGCUGCGGGCGGGACGCCGUCCCCCGCCGGGCGGACGCUGCCGGCGGCGCGGAGAGGCGAACACGGAUUAAUUGCUGCUCCUAUAGAGACUUCCCUGCUUCACCUCUGGCCGAUGUGACUCUGGGGGAAGGAUCAUGACUGAAGUCCUCUUCUCGGCUGCUUUGAAUGGAACUGAACCCAACCUGUUAUCCAGCAGCGGCUGGUCUGUGGGAAAUGCCACCACCAAGUGUUCCCUGACCAAAACUGGCUUCCAGUUCUAUUACCUGCCCACCGUCUACAUUCUGGUCUUCAUCACUGGGUUUUUGGGCAACAGCGUGGCCAUCUGGAUGUUUGUCUUCCAUAUGAGGCCUUGGAGUGGCAUCUCAGUUUACAUGUUCAACUUGGCGCUAGCCGACUUCUUGUACGUCUUGACUCUGCCUGCCCUCAUCUUUUAUUACUUCAAUAAAACAGACUGGAUCUUCGGAGAUAUCAUGUGCAAGCUGCAGAGGUUCAUCUUCCACGUGAACCUGUAUGGCAGCAUUUUGUUUCUGACUUGCAUAAGCGUGCACAGGUACACAGGAGUGGUGCAUCCCCUGAAGUCCCUGGGCAGGCUGAAGAAGAAGAACGCGGUGUACAUCAGCAGCCUGGUCUGGGUCAUUGUGGUGGCCGCCAUCUCUCCAAUACUCUUCUACUCAGGGACAGGGAUCAGGAAAAAUAAAACCACGACCUGCUACGACACAACAGCUGAUGAUUACCUGAGAAGUUACUUCAUUUACAGCAUGUGCACCACCGUGUUUAUGUUCUGCAUCCCGUUCAUACUGAUCCUUGGCUGCUACGGGCUCAUUGUGAAAGCUUUGAUUUACAAAGAUCUGGACAAUUCUCCUCUCAGGAGGAAGUCCAUUUACCUGGUUAUCAUUGUGUUGACGGUUUUUGCAGUGUCUUACCUUCCCUUCCAUGUGAUGAAGACCUUAAAUCUAAGAGCCAGGGUGGAUUUUCAGACACCACAAAUGUGUGCCUUCAACGACAAGGUUUAUGCCACUUACCAAGUGACCAGAGGUCUGGCCAGCCUCAACAGCUGUGUGGACCCCAUCCUUUACUUUCUGGCAGGUGAUACCUUUCGAAGGCGUCUUUCCAGGGCAACCAGGAAAUCAUCCAGAAGAAGUGAACACAACGUGCAGUCCAAAAGUGAGGAAAUGACUCUCAAUAUUUUAGCUGAGUAUAAACAGAACGGAGACACCAGUUUGUGACUGAACGUGAAGGAUUGGGGAGUGGGUUUGAAAAAUAAAUCCUCUGCUUUGAGACAGUAGGGCACUGUAGUGCUACAAGUGUCUGAGGAAAACCAACCAGCCUCUCAAAUUUGUUUUAGGUAAAGCCUCAUUUUCUGAUCUUAGAGAAAGCUUAACAAAGUCAGUGGAAGAAUUUUAAUGGAAAAUAACACAUAAAAAUUUAUCCUUCCUCCUCCUUACAAUGUUCUCAUUUCUUUCUGACUUGUGUCAGGUAAAGUAAAAUGAAGUAAAUCCCCUCAAGGAAGGAAACCAUCCAAGUGCUUCUGGUUUAAUGACUUAGUCUCCCACCUUUGAAAACAUUCUCAAUCAGCCUCUCUUUAGAAACAGGAAACAAAAUGAGAGAGCUGUGCCUUCUCUUCUGAGACUCAAGUCCACACGCUUAGCCUUUCGCUCACUUGCUGUGGUCAACAAGCACUUAAAUCCAAGUCACAAUGCAGUUAUUUCACCUUUUUUGCAGCUUUAUUAUGUCUUCAUCUACUUCUAGUGUUGAUAAUUAUUUGAUAGUUUGGUAGCGUUUCUGAUUCAGUCUUUUUGAGUGCUGGUGUUUUACAAAAGGUAGGCUUCCUGGUGUGUGCAUGACUCUGUUUUCAGGUUGCAAUGGUUGUUCAUGAAAAACCUGGGCACCCCCCUUAAAGGCAAAUUGGCUCCCAGGUGAACUGGCCCCUCAGCCACGGGCAGCUCCCCCCAGGAGCCCGCUUUGCACCUGGGAGCCUUGCUGGAAUUCUCCAUGGGUACAGCAGGAGAAACCUGUGGGCUGAAAAUAACUGUACCUUCCCAACAAGUACACACAUGGUCACUUGGGUCACCCGUGUUCUCAUGUGAUACAAGAAUAGUUCUGUUCCUGGUAAUCUCUAGAGGUAAAGUAAGCAUUUUUUCCCAAGAAAAUAGUUAUGAUCAUGGAUAAUAUACAUACAUGGAUUAUAUAUAGAUAAUAAAUGGGGGACUAGGUUUGCUUUGCAUUGUGACAAAUAAAUUUCUGUAUUAACAAGAUGUUGCAAUAUACUACAGACUAAAUCCGUCCCUUUAUUAUGUAUCUUCUCCAAAUGUGGGAUAGGUCAUCCAAACUUAGUCACACCACAGUAUUGUGUAACACGAGGGGUAGUGAUCAGAGCACAUAUGAAAUCUUACAUGGGCAGUGUUAUUCGUGUCUCAUAGUUUUAAGAAGUGUAUUUGAAAAUACUGUGUGCUAAAAAUGGUAUGAAAGCAUGCUCUAAAUUAUCAAGUUAGUGUACAAAAUGAAGUUCUGUGUAAUCUUAAGGGUGAUUUUAACAGGUCCUCGUUCCUCCAGUUUUCGUAGUAAGAGUAAAAUAUUGGUAUUUUACUUACUGAUUUCCAGUGAUUAGUAAGAAACAAGAAUAGCUCUAGUUAUUUUUUGCCAACAUUGUAAAGCAGCUUCUGUUCACACGUACAGCUUCAUAAUCUGCAAAAUCCCUAUUUAUUGAACUUAUUUAUUAGAAGGCUAAGUGUAAAGUAUGUAAAGUGUGGUUCUCCGUGUUCAUAUUCAGAAUUGGGCAUUAAUGGAAAAUUUAUCAGCAUGUUUCAGUCACUGUAAUACCGUGUCUUCUAACAGAACAUAUUUAUAAUAAACUCAAUUCCACCCUGA